GUCGGGUCGGCCGGUGCGCCCCGUCGACGGCGAGCAGGAUGCGGCCGCCGGCGCUGGGCGCGCUCUGCCUGCUCGGCGUGUCGCUGCUGUUGCUGCUGCUGCUGCUGCCGCCGCCGGCGCCGGGCGCCCGAGGGCCACGCCGUCCGGGGCGCUCAGCAGCGGCAGCCCCCGGCGGCCCGCUUGCCCAGCAGAGCCGCAGGAAGAGCCCGGCGGGGCGGAGCGCCAAAGCGGGCAGACCCAACACCUGUGGCGAGACCUGCUGCCCCGGAUGGUCCCUCGCCCCCAAGGCUGGGAAAUGCACCAAAGCCGUCUGCACCCCUCGAUGCCAAAAUGGGGGCCAGUGCAAAGCCCCCCAGCGCUGCACCUGCCGCCCGGGCUUCACAGGGCCCCGCUGUGGACGCACCGCUCUUGUUGCCACGCUGGCCCAGCCGACCCCCCGGGCUCCCCUGCAGUCCAUGGCCGUUCGCUGGCAGCCUCUGACGUUGGCAGAGCUCCAGGCUGUGCUGCAGCGGCGAAAGGCUUUGGAUCCCUCCGAGAAGAUGGCCACAAUCCUGGCGCAGCAUCUUGCCUCCCGACCUGAUGGGGGAAGCAGUGGCCAUCCCGGACAUGCGCCCCUCGUGACACAGAGGCCCCAUGUCCUGUGCCCCCUCAUCUGCCAAAAUGGGGGAGUCUGCCUCAAGAAGGACACGUGUCUCUGCCCCCCCAGCUGGACCGGCAAGUUCUGCCACAUCCCGGCCCUUCCUCGCUCCCACGGCCAGGCCCCCACCCGCCGAGGGACGGACGCCCAGUCUGACAGGGCAGCACAGCCAGCCACCAAGUCCAUGUACACCCUCCCCAUUGCCAACCACCACCAAGAGCGUGACGGUGUGGCAUCCAUGGCGAAUGUCCACGUGGAGCAUCCGCCCGAGGCCUCUGUCAUCAUCCACCAGGUGGAGCGGGUGAACGAGGAGCUGCCAGGGGACACCAACGCCCUCCCCCUUUCCCGCCCGGCCCUCUACAGCGUUCUGGCCCAGAGCAGCCCUCGCGACCCCGGGGGCUACAGCGAGAACUCCGGCUUUGGCUACUGCUUCAGGCAGCUCCGUGGGGAAGAGUGCAGCGCCCCCCUGCCCGGCUUGCGCACCCGUGAGAUCUGCUGCCGUGGGGCUGGUGUGGCCUGGGGGGUGCAUGACUGCCAGCCCUGCACCAACGGUGACAGCGGCGUCUCCAGCCCAGUCGGAAGGAAUGACGUGGCCUGCCCCAAAGGUUUCCGGCAGCAGAAUGGCUCCUGCGUUGAUGUGGAUGAGUGCCAGGAGGGCAGCUUCUGCCACAAUGGAGACUGCACCAACACCCGGGGCAGCUUUGCCUGCGUCUGCCACGAGGGCUACAUCCUGGACUCUUCCCGCAGCAGCUGCAUCUCCCACCACGUGAUCUCCGAGGCCAAGGGGCCCUGCUUCCGGGUGCUGCGGGACGGCGGAUGCUCCCUGCCCAUCCUUCGCAACAUCACCAAGCAGAUCUGCUGCUGCAGCCGGGUGGGCAAGGCCUGGGGACACGGCUGCGAGCGCUGCCCCCCUUUUGGCUCAGGUGGCUUCAAGGAAAUCUGUCCAGCUGGGCCAGGCUAUCACUACUCGGCCUCUGACCUCCGCUACGACACUCGCUUCCUUGGCCAGGACCUGCCCCGGGUACCGGUCAGCCGCCAGCAAGGAGGACGGGAGCCUGCAGCCAGGCCACCUCGGACGACAGCUGCCCCUGCCCUCCUUCACUGGAGCCCAUCACCCAUGACCCUGCUGGACCGCCAGCCUCCCUGGCACGUGCCCACCCAGCCGCCUGUGCCAGGGACGGAGCAGGGCGUGUGUGAGCAGCGCCCCCAGGUGUGUGGGCCCGGGCGGUGCAUCCCCCGCCAGGGCGGCUACACUUGCGUGUGCGAGCACGGCUACUGGCUGAGCCCUCAAGGCACACACUGCAUUGACGUGGAUGAGUGCCGGAGGAGCCCCCGCCCUUGUGCCCACGGCCGCUGCGAGAACUCCGUGGGCAGCUUCAGCUGCAGGUGCCGGGCCGGCUUCCAGGCCGACCCCUCUGGAGCGGAGUGCCAGGACAUCGAUGAGUGUGCCAAAACGCCCCCGCCGUGUGCCCAUGGCCGCUGCCACAACACCCCCGGCUCCUUCCUCUGCUCCUGUCCCAGCGGCUAUCGACUGGACCCAGCUGGCUUGGAAUGCCGAGAUCUCGACGAGUGCGCCCAGAGGCCGCCGCCCUGUGCUCGCGGCCGCUGCCAGAACACGCCGGGUUCUUACCGUUGUGCCUGCCCCACCGGCUACCAGCUGGGCCCCACUGGCACGGAGUGCCUGGAUGUGGACGAGUGCCGGGAGAGCCCUCCCGUCUGCCAGCCUGGCCAUUGUGAGAACGUCCCGGGCAGUUACCGCUGCACCUGCCCAAUUGGCUACCAGCCCAGCCCACUGGGGACCCAGUGCGUAGAUGUGGACGAAUGCCAGCCUAGCCCAGCUCCCUGUGGCUCUGGGCGCUGUGAGAACGUCCCGGGUGGGUACCGUUGCCUCUGCCCCACCGGAUUUCGCGCCAGCCUCACGGAGAACCAGUGCCUUGACAUUGACGAGUGCUCGACGGGGUUGCCCUGUGGCCCUCAGGGGCGCUGCAUCAACACAGAGGGUUCGUUCCGCUGCCAGUGUGGCCGGGGGUACCGGGCCGAGGCUGUGGGGGGCUCCUGCGAGGAUGUUAACGAAUGCCUGGAGGGCGACUUCUGCUUCCCCCGGGGCGAGUGCCUCAACACAGAUGGAUCCUACAUGUGCGUGUGCGCCCAGGGAUUCGCCACAGCCCCCGACGGAGCCUCCUGUGUGGACAUUGAUGAAUGCCAGGGCCAGGCCGUCUGCGCUGGGGGCCACUGUGCCAACACGGAGGGCUCUUUCGACUGCUACUGCCCACCUGGCUCCCGCAGCAGCCCCAACAAGGCUUCCUGUGAAGACAUCGACGAGUGCCAGGAAUACGGGGCAGCCCUCUGUGGGGAGCAGCGCUGCGAAAACUCCCCCGGCUCCUACCGCUGCGUGGCCGAUUGCCAGGUGGGCUACCGGGCCAGUGCCACGGGAGAUUGCAUCGACCUCAACGAAUGCCAGGAAUAUGGGGCAGGCCUGUGUGGGGAGAAGCGCUGCGAGAACACUCUGGGCUCCUACCACUGUGUGGCCAGCUGCCAGACUGGGUACCAGGCCACGGCCGCUGGGGACUGCGUGGACGUGGACGAGUGCAGGAACAGCUCGCUGUGUGGGACACACGCCGUCUGCCACAACCUGCCCGGCUCCUUCCAGUGCAUCUGCGACCAGGGAUACGAAAGCGCCCGGGACGGGCGGCUCUGCCUAGACGUGAACGAGUGUGAAACGCUGCAGGGCGUGUGCGGAGCAGCACCCUGCGAGAACGUGGAGGGCUCUUUCCUCUGCAUUUGCCCCCGGGCUGGAGAAGAGUUUGACCCCAUGACUGGGCGCUGCGUUGCUCUGCCGGGCGCCGUUCGGCCCCCAGUCUUCCCCAGGCGCCCGGAUGCUUUGCGGCCUGACCCCCCACCCUCUGGGGCCGGUGAUGGCCUGCGCCGCGAGUGCUACUACGACCCCAACGCCGCCCAGGCCUGUGAGAACGUUCUGGCCUGGAACGCCACGUGGCAGGAGUGCUGCUGCAGCCUUGGCCACGGCUGGGGCGUUGACUGCCACAUCCGGACGUGUCCCUCCCAGGAGACAGCUGAGUACCGGUCCUUGUGCCCGCAUGGCAAUGGCUAUGCUGCUGCCGCUGCCGCUGGCCCUGGAGGUGCCGCUGCCUUUGCAGACGUGGACGAGUGCUCCCUCUUCAGCGCCCAGGUGUGCAAGGGCGGCGUCUGCGUGAACAAGAUCCCCGGCUACGCCUGCUACUGCCCCAACGGCUACUACUACGAGACGCAGCACCUGGAGUGCAUCGAUAACGACGAGUGCCUUGACGAGGAGGCGGAGCCCUGCGUGGGGGGGCGCUGCAUCAACACCAUCGGCUCCUACUACUGCUUGUGCACUGCCCCCCUGGUGCUGGACGCCUCCCAGCGCCGCUGCGUGGCCAACGACAGCCACGGCUCCGAUGACAACCUGGCCGUGUGCUGGCAGGAGGUGGGCCCUGACCUGGUGUGCAGCCGCCCCCGCCUCGACCGCCAGGUCACCUACACCGAGUGCUGCUGCCUCUACGGGGAAGCGUGGAGCAUGGAUUGCGCUCUGUGUCCGGCCCGUGACUCAGAUGACUUCGAGGCGCUGUGCAACGUCCUGCGGCCCCCCAGCUACGGGCCGGUGCGUCCGGGAGGUGUGGGGCUGCCCUUCGAGUACGGCGGGAGUGAUUUCCUGCCCUACGGCCCAGAGAUCUUUGCCCCAGCGCCCCGGCUGGCCCCCCGGCUGCCUGACUUCGGCCCGUUCCCCCGCGACUCGCUCUACAGCCCGCCGACCUACGAGGCCACCGACUUCGAGGACCUGCCCUACAGCGACCCCCGGCAGGAGGGCCCCGAUGAGCUCCCCCGGGGCGGGUACCAGCCCCGCAGCCCCCCUGAGCCAGAGUGGCACUACUCCUCACGCAGCAGUGGGAGUUCCUACCCCGAACGGCCGGGCAGGGCCAGCGAGGGCUACAGCCGUUUUGAGGGCUUCGGAGGGCUCCGAGAGGAAGAGUGCGGCAUCCUGAGCGGCUGUGAAAACGGGCACUGCGUCCGGGUUGCCGACGGCUUCACCUGCGACUGCCACGAGGGCUACCGCCUGGACCCCACCCGCAUGGCCUGCCUUGAUGUGGACGAAUGCAGUGAGAUGGAGGGGCUCUGCCCGGGAGGCCGCUGCCUCAACAUGGACGGCUCCUACCGCUGCUUGUGCCCACGUGGCACGGUGCCCGCUGGGCAACCACCCCGUUGCGUCCCUGCCCCCCGCAGCCGAGCCUGAGGUGGGGUGGGCUGGGAAGUAUUUAUGACCUGUAUACUCUGGGAGUGGGGGAAGGGCUUUGGGGGAGGCGGGAAACAUAGGCAACACUGCCCCCCGCCCCCCCCAGAUGGAGCCCCCGCCCUUGGAAGGAAGCAGCCCAGCAACUCUGGCAAGGAGCUGGAAAUGCCUUUGGCCUGAGGGAGGGGGUGGCGGGGGCCUCGUCUGCCCCUGGGAGAACUGGCUGCGGAGGCCUGGCACAGCCCGGAGCCGUCUUGGAUCCUGCUGCUGCCGCCGCUGCUGUCCCCAGGCCAUGGGAGAGCAGCCGGCCUCCUGCCUCCUGGCACCAGGGCUCAGUGGCCACACAGUGCCCUUGCCCAACUCCGCCACACAGACCGUUGGCUUCUUUGGAAGGAGAUCGGCACAAGGUGUGGGGCCCUUCGUAAGCAACGGCCGUUUCGGUCUUUGUUGUAUUUCCAUUCCACCCCAGAGCCAAAACUCUCUGGGCAGUUCUCAAAACAGCUGUCGCUGGGCAAGGGAGGGAAGCCCCUCGGGCAGCAUUGGGGUGGGACCCGGAUUGGAUCGGAGGCCUGUGUCCGGCGCUGUGUCCUGGAACGGGGUGGGGUGGGGAGCAACCUCUUCACUCCCCCAGCCUAAGCUCCCUAUUUACUCCAGCAGAUGUUUAACCUUUUCACAGCCAUCCUGCACCACUACACCCCCGCACACACCCCGGCAGUUCUAACUUUUCCAAAGGCCUGGGCUGGCCAGCUGCUUGCCUGCCUUGGCCUGGGAGGGGAAGGCCCUGGCACCCCUGGUCCAUGCAAGGGAGGGAG